AUGGAUUGUUUAAAAUUUAGAAAGGAAAAAUUGUAUCAACAGACACUCCUCAAUACUAAUGAAACUAGAUUCAGUGAUAAAGAACUAAAUGUGCUUAGAAAAAGAUUCAUCUAAAUGACUAAUGGUUGUAAAAACAUCAAUUAGGAAUAAUUUAAAUCAAAUUUAGAUGUAUUGGGAUUGGAGUCAAUAUCCUGUUUGGGAGAUGCCUUAUUUUAAGCGAUGGAUAUCAAUUUAGAUGGCCACAUUGAAUUUGAAGAAUUUGUAGCCUACUUUGAUAAAAUAACAUACGGAACCUAAGAAGAAAAGGCAGAAAUAUCUUUUCGUAUCAUCGAUCAAAGGAGAAACGGUUACAUCACCUAUAAGGACUUCAGUUUUUGUAUGUAAUAGUUAAUAAAGUCAUAUACUAUUAUGAAAGGGACAGAUUUGACAGAUGAUAUUCUUGAUCAUAUGGAAAAAAGAUAGUAGCAAAUAUUCAAUUUAAUAGACAUAAAUAAAGAUUAAAAAAUUUCAUUAUAAGAAUAUAUAAUAGCCUUAACGAGAAAUCCGUAGGUUUUGGAUAUUUUUGAAUUUUUGAGAAAAGGAGUAACUCAAACAAUAAAAGAGAGUUAACACAAGAGAGAUUAGAAGAUGCUUAACUAGUUUGAUUAACUAAGGGCCCAGACUGCCCUCAUACUAAACUCUGUUCAUGGGUAAUAAGAUAGAUCUCUCCAUUUAUCAAAGCAUUUAUCUUAAAAUUCAAAAUAUGGAGUAGAUGUUUUAUUUGACGAAGCUGAAAUCUCAGAAAGUGUAUCAGAGAUAGAUGAGAUGAGUAUGAUUGAUUAAAUGUCACAUGAUUAAUUAAAGCUUAAAUUUAAAGAAAUGUACUCAUAACUGUAAAAAUUACAUUAAGAUACUGAAAACUCUUUGAACAAAAUGGAGAGUUUAUAUCAUGAAAAAUUAGAGUGUGACGAGAUCUAAGAAUAAAUCCUUAUCAAAUAAGUGUCCAUAAACAAUAAUAAAUACAAAAAGUCUUCUGUAUAAAUUGGCAAUGAAAUAUGGGACUUAGUUAUAAAUAUGAUGGUAGGUAUACAAAUGGCAGUAAAAUCUUCGAAUGCUGUAGUUGAAACCUUUAUUUCAACUGCGGAUUUUGAUAUAAAAUAAUGUUUUGAACUAAUUUCUCAUUAAAAUAAAGAUAAAUGCAAAUUCUAUGAUUAUGCACCUAAGGUCUUUAACUAAAUCAGAAGACUAUAGAUGAUCGAUAAUGACAAUUAUCUAAAUAGUAUUGGCCCUGAAAAUCUUUUAUUUAGUUUUAUGUAAGGUGAUCUUAGCACCUUAACUGAGUUAACUUCAACUGGGAAAAGUGGAAGUUUCUUCUAUUUUUCAUAAGACGGAUUGUACACGAUAAAAACAAUAUCUGAGAAAGAGUUUUUAUUAUUCAGAAAAAUACUAAGCAAUUACUUCUACUAUUUGAAAAAUUGCCCAAAUUCUCUUAUAAUUAAGCUCUAUGGUUUACAUAAAAUAAGCAUAAAUGGCAGAAAGAUCUUCUUCAUUGUAAUGGGAAACGUAUUUAAGACCGAAUUUUAAAUCCACAAAAAGUAUGAUCUCAAAGGUAGUACAUAUAAAAGAACUACUCAAUAAAAUCUUGAUCCAGAUGUAGCUCGUAAAGAUUUGGAUUUUAUGGCUAACAAUGAAAUAAUCUCAAUCGAUCCAAAAAAACAAUAAGAACUUUUAGAAUAAAUAGAAAAAGAUUCAGAAUUUUUAUCGGAUAAUAAUCUAUUAGAUUACAGUUUAUUAAUAGGAAUUCAUAUUAUAGAGGACAAAAAGGACAUUUAGAUGAUUGCUAAUGCUAAUGACAUAAAAAUUAUAAAGUCUAACGAUUAAACUAAAAUCUUCUUUUUCGGCAUAAUAGAUAUACUAACAGAAUUUGAUACUUCAAAGUAAAUGGAAUCAUUCUUUAAAAAAAUCUUUUAAGGCCCAUAAAUUUCAGCUAUUCCUCCUAAAGAUUAUUCUUAAAGAUUCAAAAACUUCAUGAGUUAAAUAUUAACUCAACAGAAUUUUUAUUGA